CUACACGUGGAUGUUGCAAGUUACAAAAUGUUAAAAAUAGGUUUGUGUAGGAUUUUCAGGUGAUAUGGUCGCAACCCGGCGGGAAUAACGACACCAGCGCCGCGUUAUUUUAUUGGAACGAAACCACGCCUAUAACCUGAAGAUUUAUACCAUACUAUGAUGGCACGCAGUCGUAAAGAUAGUACGGGUAAAAGCGACACCGAAGUCACUGAUAAAGAAAAUAAGAGGGAAAGAGGUAGAGAAAGAGAUAGAAAAAAGCGGGCUGGCUCUACAUCUAGUAGUGGCAGUAGUUCCUCAGAUAGUAGCUCAGGAUCAUCAUCUACAAGUAGUGGAAGUAGUUCCAGAUCAAGCUCUACAUCUAGUACUACUUCUACUAGUUCAGCAAGUUCUUCUGGAAGCUCCAGAGACAGAGGAAGAAAACGAAGUAGAAGCAAAAGUGUUGAUGCUUCACGUAGACAUGAUAAUAAAGAAAAAGAAAGAGAAAAAGAAAGAGAAAGAGAAAGAGAUAGAGAUAGGGACAGAGAUAGAGAUAGAGAAAAAGAUAAAAAGAAGAGUAGUAAUUCUGUGAUUGAUAAACCAAAACCCAAAGGACGCUCUAGAUCACCUUCACCACGUAGAAAACGUAGGGAAAGAUCACCAAUUCCUAGACCAACAAAAAUACAUAUUGGACAUCUAACCCGUAAUGUUACUAAGGAACACAUUAUGGAAAUUUUUUCUACAUAUGGUCAGAUAAAAAUGGUCGAUUUUGCAAUGGAUAAGCUUCAUCCAAAUCAAGGACGAGGGUUUGCCUAUGUGGAAUUUGAAACAGCAGAUGAAGCUGAAAAUGCAAUGAAACAUAUGGAUGGUGGACAGAUAGAUGGCCAAGAAAUUACUGCUGCCCCAGUAUUAUUACCAAAACCACGACCAUUACCGAUGCGAAGAAUGUCACCUUUAAUGGGAAGAAGAGCGCCCCCACGAUGGGGUGGUGGUGGUAGAAAUACUCCUCCUCGUUAUCGUAGACGUUCGCCACCAAUUAAUCGUCGUAGAAGCCCGCGGCCACCAAGACGUAGACCAAGAACUCGAUCGCGAAGUCCCCCAAAUAAUCCACGACAUCGGCAUCGUCGCUACACGAGAUCAAGCUCAAGCAGUUCUCGAUAGCAACUUUUUUUGUACAUAUAAAAUAAGAACUGAAUUUGACCAAACUCAGUUCAUCCUGGUUGGUCGUCUUAAUAUAUUAAGCAAUUUUUACCGAUUCAUUCGAUCAUAUUGACAGGGAAGUGUAUGCACUCAAAAAUUUAAUACACUUGUUCACAACGGUGUUUAUGAUAAUUCACGUUUUUGUCGAUGAUUAAAACACCGUUCGUGAUCUGCAAGUUCUGCUUUUGAAAUAUAUCAAUUUCACACGUGAUAAGUAUAUUGCUAUUAAUUGGUACCUGAAGGUUGAUGACCCCGGAUGAAAAAUAUGUAUUCUUAAACAUUGUCACAUGAUCGUAUUAAAUAUAAGACAUGAAGACUUCA